CACCUAGACAAACACAACAUCUUGGCUGACCAACAACAUGGCUUUCGGCGAAGACGCAGUUGCGAAUUGCAACUUAUCCUCACCCUACCGGACCAUGCUGCAUCCCUUGACGCUGGCAAACAGAUCGAUGCGAUUCUACUCGACUUAUCGAAAGCCUUUGAUGUUGUUCCGCAUCAACGACUCCUCAUGAAACUGAGUCAUUACAGAAUCAGAGGUUAGUCCUAACCUGGAUAGAAAGUUUUCUAUCUGGUCGAAGCCAACGGGUACUAGUUGAAGGACAGUUCUCCAACACAGACAACGUCACAUCAGCCGUCCCCCAGGGCUCUGCCCUUGGACCUCUGCUCUUUCUGGUCUACAUCAAUGACCUCCCAGGCACUGUUACCUCAAAAACAGGGCUUUUUGCUGAUGACACUCUCCUAUACAGAAGCAUCAAGACAGCACAAGACGCAGUAACACUCAAGUCUGAUCUGGAUUCCUAACAGAGAUGGGAAAAAGACUGGCAGAUGUCCUUCAACCCUUCAAAGUGUGAAGUUAUACACAUCUCCAAAAAGCGGCACCCCAUAAAGUCAGAUUACCUUAUUCAUGGUCAGAAGCUCGAACCUGUAAAGGAAGGCAAAUACCUUGGUGUGACUAUCUCGGAGAACUUGUCCUGGAAACCACAUGUAGCUGCAGUCACCUGGAAGGCAAACAACAGUCUCGGCUUCCUGAGGCACAACCUGUCCAGCUGCCCUCCCACUGUCAAAGAACGUAUUACUCCACCUUAGUGCGUCCAAUACUGGAUUAUGCUGCUACCGCAUGGGAUCCUCACACCCAAACAUGCAUUGACCAACUUGAAGCAGUCCAGAGACGCGCUGCUCGCUUCGUGAAAGGGGAUAAGCAAACCACAAGCAGUAGUUCACAGAUGAUAGCAGACAUUGGAUGGCAGCCCCUUCAGGCGAAACGCCAAACAUCUAAGGUUACCAUGAUGUACUGUAUAAUCAAUAACCUUAUUGAUAUUCUGUCCGACAACUACCUCGGCCCUGCUAGAGGCAGCAGUAUUAGAUACAUCAUACCAUACUGCAAAACUGACUACCUCCGACACUCCUUCGUUCCAUCAGCAACAAGACUGUCGAACCAACUGCCUAACCACCUUAUGACGUCUCCCAGUCUUGAAGCGUUCGAGGAAGGGAAGGUACCGAAAUGAGCCACAAUGAAUUUGUAAAUAGUUUUAAAAAUUAUUUUAACUGCGCCACACCGCGGUCUUUUAAACCAUUUCUCUUGUACGACAAUGCCCCAGAGAGGGAUAUAGUACAAUAAAGGAAGAAGAAUCGUCUUUUGCAAGCUCUAUCUUAGCUUUGACAUAAACAUAUUUGAUGGUUUCAGCUGUGAGGAUUUUAGAAAUAUCGACUAUGUAAUCUAGAUUAAUUUGUCAAUUCCUCUAGCGAAGGUCACUUUACAUUCAUUGUAUGCGAGCGCAAGGAACAAAUCUUCCAUGGGAUCGUUAGCAUGUGUGUGAAACUUAGAACAUGUAAAAAUGUGCUUUUUAACCUAUUUGCAAAUUAUACAAAGCUAGAAUAUAUUGAUCAGAAAAGUGCGGGAGACAGUUUGAAUCAAAACGUAAACAAACUGAGCCAGCUGUUCUUAAAACAUUGCAUGAUUAUGGCAAAGACGAAGGUUACUAAAAGAAAACACCCCCAAACAAAACCUGCUGAAAAUAACAUAUCUAAGUCAUCUUCAAAAGUAAAGAAACCUAGAGCUUCCAAGGACACAAAUGCUACAAAGGAAUCGGAGAGAUCAAAAAGGGCUAAAAAUCAGCGUGGCUGGAAACUGCUUGACAAGGGCCUAAGAAUGCACCUAGAGAACAUGAUUGACAGCAGCAUGAAAUUGGUGAAAAGCCGCUCCCAGUUAUCAGAAAAAGAUGAUGUACAAAGAACACUAUCAGAUGUGUCAAGACAGGUCAAGGCCAAGCUAGGUCAACUCAUGGUUCCAAAGUGUAACUAUGGCAAUUUCAAGGAACUGAAGACCUCCGUGUUUGAUCUUCAGGAAGUCUUGGAGAGAAAUCAGCUGCAGAUAAAGGAACUUGGAGCUGCUAUUCGGCAAGAAGAAAGGAAGGUAUCAAGUCUGGAAGAACUGCGAGAUAGCACAGAAAAUGUGGAGCUCUCAGUAGAGAUACCCAAGAACAGUCUGCAGCUACCACGGCUUCAAAACCAAGAGUGACUUUGUCUACACCCAUAGAUCAACUGUGCAUGUCCACAUUUGUUGAAGAGAUUUGUGAACCAUUUAAAGGACCAUAAUGUCACAGUUAUUGUUGCUUUCUUGCUUCAGACUGGAUGUUAUAGACAAUCUGCCUAAGGGACAAUCAGAUCUGACCACAACAACAUGUACAAUGCUAAAUAGUGAUCAUUGCAAACAAGCAAUGUUUUUUAGACAGGCAGAAUUUUAAUUGUAGUUCUCAUGUAUGCAUAUAGACACCAUUUCGGAAAGGCCACUAGGACUUGGUUUAUGUGUCUGUGAACACAUUGCUUGUUAUGAAUCUGAUUGUUAUGGCAAUCAGCCACUUGAAACACAUGCUUGGUUAGCUUGAUUUUACCUUCAGAUGAAUAUUUGCUUACUACUAGUUGAUAAAAAUUUGCUGAACGCA